UUAUAGUCACCUAUUUGAGGCUAUCACUAUGUGAAGAGAGAUGUAUUGUCUGCUUGGCCACCCUCGUGGCUGCUAAAAGAGGGUGGCCGCUAAAAGAUGUAUCAGAACUGAGUACGAUUUCGCAGUUUGGUUUGGACGAACUACACGCCCCGGUGAUCAUAGGCCGAGGACGAGGACGGCGAACACAAUUACACAAAACCCUUCCCCAAACCCUCCGAAGGACAAAACUAAAAAAAGAAAGGAAAAGAAAAGAAAAAGGUGUAGUACGUACGAUGCUCAACUCCAUUCGCCAUCGCCAUCGCCUCCUCAGGCCCCCUUCUUCUCCACAUGGUCUCGCCUUCCUCUUCCUCAAAUCCCUCUCCUCCACCACCUCCUCCGUCGCCCCCCACUCCCAAACCCUAACCUUCCUCAUCGAUUCCUGUGACUUGUCCCCCGAAUCCGCCAUUUCCGCGUGCCAGAAGCUGCGCUUCAAGAGCACCGAGAACCCUAGCGCCGUCCUCCGCCUCCUCCGCGACUACGGCCUCGGCGAAACCGACGUCUCCAGGAUCGUCUCCAGGCACCCGUCCGUGCUCUCCUUCGACUCCCGCAGGAUCCUCAGGCCGAAGAUCGAGGCUCUCCGCAGCUUCGGCUUCUCCGGCGAGUCGCUGGUGCGCGUCCUCACCGUCCAACCCGUGCUGCUGACGCGGAGCCUGGAGAGCCACAUCGUCCCCUGCUUCACCUUCCUCCGCACCCUCCUCGCCGCCGCCGACGGCGACAUCGUCUCCGUCUUCACCCGCAACCCCCAGGUUCUCAACGCCGACCUCAACAAGUCCAUCUUGCCCAUCCUCGCCGUCCUCCGCAAGCACAACCUGCCCGAGGAGAGAAUCUCUAGGCUCGUCAAGAUCCAUCCCAGAGUGCUCAUUCUCUCGCUCCGCCGCGUGAACGAGAUCGUCGACCAGCUUAAGGCCGCCGGGGUCCUGCCGUCCGAUCUGGCCUUCAUCUACGCGUUCCGCGUGGUCGCCGCACAGAAGAGCGCGAGCUGGGACCGGAAGGUGGCGGCCUUCGAGAGCUCCGGGCUCUCGGCGGCGGACGUCGCUUCGUCGUUCCGGAGGCACCCCUGGGUCAUGCUGACGUCCGCGGAGAAGAUACGGCGAAGCCUCGAGUUUUUUCUCCGCCGGCUGAAGCUCGCCCCCGACGACAUCGUUCGGCAUCCGAUUCUCCUCAAGUUCAGCCUGGAGAAGAGGAUCCUUCCCAGGUGCGCCGUGAUGAGCCUUCUUAAGAGGAAGGGGAAGUUGGAAGAGAGCGCGAGUGUCGUCCGGGCGCUGCUGGUGACCACGAGCUCAUUCUUGAAGAGAUAUGUGGUGAGGUAUCAGGAUGAUGUUCCUGCGGUUCUCAAGGCUUACAACGGCGAAAUCAAAUUCAAUGGAUGAUUGGGAAAUCGAUCGAAGUAGGAUGCUCGAAUUUAACUCUUAGGACGGCAAUGGUAAGAGAAUCGCCGGCAAGCACUCACUCUCUUGUACGAGGUAAUGAGCUUUUAAGCAUUUGCAGUUUGCAAGGAUCUUCCUUGUCUCCGAUUAGAAGCUUAACACCUCUUUUGUGCUGCUUACAUAGUACGCCGAACAAUUCUUGAUGCGUUAAUAGAGAAGCAACUAGCUAGCUAGGAAUCCAAAAUGUUUAUCUCGGAUUAAAAGUCUUAGAUCGUGGCCCAAUUGCAAAUUGUAACACCUGAUGUUCAAAAGGUUGAAAUUUCCUACUUAAUUUAUACGCUGGUUUAUCGUCUUCAGUUCA